AUGUCUUCUUCGGUGGGGCCCCGCGGCCCUCGCCCGCCCACGGUGCCCCCCCCGAUGCAGGAGCUGCCCGACCUGAGCCACCUGACAGAGGAGGAGAGGAACAUCAUCAUGGCAGUGAUGGACCGGCAGAAAGAGGAGGAAGAAAAAGAAGAGGCCAUGCUCAACUGUAUUGUUAGGGACCAGGCCCAGCCAUCACUCUGUAGAACCCCAGGUACCAAAACCUUGCCACACAAACCCAAUGCAAACUUCUCUGGGCAAUGUGUGCCAGUGCCUCACAAACCUCACAGUGAAGAAGGGCAGCCAGAGAGGAAUUGGAGGUUGCAUCAACAAUUUGAAAGCUAUAAAGAGCAAGUAAGAAAGAUAGGGGAAGAAGCCCGCCGUUACCAGGGAGAGCACAAGGAUGAUGCUCCAACAUGUGGAAUCUGUCAUAAAACAAAGUUUGCAGAUGGUUGUGGCCAUUUAUGCUCUUAUUGCCGGACCAAGUUCUGUGCUCGGUGUGGAGGUCGUGUCUCUCUGCGAUCAAACAAUGAGGACAAAGUGGUUAUGUGGGUAUGCAAUUUAUGUCGAAAGCAACAAGAAAUCCUAACGAAAUCUGGAGCGUGGUUUUUUGGAAGCGGACCACAGCCGUCGCCCAGUCAGGACGGAACGCUGAGUGAUACGGCGACGGGCGCGAGCUCGGAUGCACCCAGAGAAAAGAAAGCAAGACUUCAAGAGCGAUCGAGGUCACAGACUCCCCUAAGUACAGCAGCUGCCUCAUCACAGGAAAUCUCUUCUUCCAGUGUGCAGCCUGACCGUAGGAAAGGAGCAGAAGUGUCGCAGCCAGCUAUGGGCCCGGACCAAAAGCAAGCUUCAAGGUCUAGAAGUGAACCUCCAAAGGAGAGGAAGAAGGCAGUAUUGGUUUCUGACCAGAAUGGCAAAGGUGUAAAGAGUGAGCGUAAGCGUGUGCCAAAAUCCUCACUUCAAAAAGAAGGACCAACAGAUGACAGGGAGCGUAAAGAGCGGCAUGAAGGUAGAAGGCUGGAGAAAGGCAAGUCACAGGAUUACCCAGACUUGCCAGAGAAACGUGAGGAAGGCAAAGUGCCUGAUGAUGACAAACAAAGGAAGGAAGAUGAAUAUCAUACCCGUUACAAGAGUGACCCCAAUCUGGCAAGAUACCCUGUAAAACCACACCCUGAGGAGCAGCAGAUGCGCAUGCACGCCAAAGUUUCUAAAGCACGACACGAGAGAAGACACAGUGAUGUAGCUUUGCCACACACAGAAAUGGAGGAAGCGGAGGUACCUGAGAAUAAAUUAGGAAAACGCUCACAAUUACAGGGAACUCAGGACAGAAAAUCUCUUGUGGAAACUCAGAGGUCGUACUCUAUAGACAGAACAGGUGAUGUAAGAAUUUCUGUUUCUAAACAAUUAACUAAUCAUAGCCCACCAACUCCCAGGCAUAGUCCAGUUCCUAUAGAACACAUAGAAUACAAGAACCACGAUUCCUUUAUAAAACAGAGCCGCCUUGAUCCUAGCUCUGCUAUUCUCAUGCGAAAAGCAAAGCGGGAGAAAAUGGAGACCAUGCUAAGGAAUGAUUCCCUUAGCUCUGACCAGUCGGAAUCAGUGCGGCCAUCCCCUCCAAAGCCUCAUAGAGCAAAAAGAGGCGGAAAGAAAAGGCAGAUGUCAGUUAGUAGCUCAGAGGAAGAAGGGGCAUCAACACCAGAAUAUACUAGCUGUGAAGAUGUGGAGAUAGAAAGUGAAAGUGUCAGUGAAAAAGGUGACUUGGAUUAUUACUGGCUGGAUCCUGCCACGUGGCACAGCAGGGAGACGUCCCCUAUUAGCUCGCAUCCCGUAACGUGGCAGCCUUCCAAAGAGGGAGACCGCUUAAUUGGGCGUGUUAUUCUUAACAAGAGAACAACCAUGCCCAAAGAAUCAGGUGCAUUACUGGGGCUAAAAGUUGUUGGAGGAAAAAUGACAGAAUUAGGACGACUCGGUGCCUUCAUUACCAAAGUGAAGAAAGGUAGCUUGGCUGAUGUGGUGGGGCAUCUCAGAGCAGGGGAUGAAGUUCUAGAAUGGAAUGGUAAACCCUUGCCUGGAGCUACAAAUGAAGAAGUUUACAACAUUAUUUUAGAAUCAAAAUCAGAACCUCAAGUUGAAAUCAUUGUUUCAAGGCCUAUUGGACAUUUUCAUCAGUUUCAUUCUCUGAACUCCUUGAGACGUUUAUAUAAAUAUUACUAUGAUAUUCCACGGAUUCCUGAGACUUCCCACCCCCCAUUAGAGUCUAGUUCAAGUUCUUUUGAAUCUCAGAAGAUGGAAAGGCCUUCUAUUUCUGUUAUAUCUCCAACUAGCCCUGGAGCCCUACGGGAUGCACCUCAGGUCCUACCAGGGCAGCUUUCUGUUAAACUCUGGUAUGACAAAGUGGGACAUCAGUUAAUAGUAAAUGUUCUGCAGGCAACAGAUUUGCCACCAAGAGUAGAUGGACGCCCCAGAAAUCCCUAUGUAAAAAUGUAUUUUCUUCCAGACAGAAGUGAUAAAAGUAAAAGAAGGACCAAAACAGUAAAGAAAAGUCUAGAGCCAAAAUGGAAUCAAACUUUUCUCUACUCACAUGUACAUCGUAGAGAUUUUAGAGAACGAAUGCUUGAAAUCACAGUAUGGGAUCAGCCAAGAGUACAAGAAGAAGAGAGUGAAUUUCUUGGAGAGAUUCUUAUAGAGCUGGAGACAGCACUUUUAGAUGAUGAACCACAUUGGUAUAAGCUACAGACACAUGAUGAAUCUUCACUACCUCUGCCUCAGCCAUCACCAUUCAUGCCAAGAAGACAUGUUCAUGGUGGAGAGAGCACUAGCAAAAAAUUACAAAGAUCUCGGCCAAUCAGUGAUAGUGACAUCUCAGAUUUUGAUGUUGAUGAUGGUAUUGGAGUUGUUCCUCCAGUAGGUUAUAGGUCUAGUACUAGAGAAAGUAAAUCCACAACGCUAACUGUGCCAGAGCAGCAAAGAACAACGACGCAUCAUCGUUCACGUUCCGUGUCUCCUCACCGUGGUGACGAUCAGGGCAGGCCCCGUUCACGUUUACCAAAUGUGCCAUUACAGAGGAGUUUAGAUGAAAUUCAUCAGAUGAGAAGAUCACGUUCUCCAACUAGACACCAUGAUGCCUCCAGAACUGCAGUUGAUUACAGAUCCAGAGAGAUGGAUAGUCAGUAUUUGUCUGAUCAAGAAAGUGAGCUUCUUAUGCUGCCCAGAGCAAAGCGAGGAAGAAGUGCAGAGUGCCUACACACCAUCAGAAGUUCUGUUAGGCACUAUAAAACAUUACCACCCAAGAUGCCUUUACUAGAAAAUGGUACUCAUUGGAACCUAUACAGCUCAACUCUUCCUGCAUGUGCUAAGACCAAACCCGUGAUUAGACAGGAUAUUUCACUCCUUCAUGAUUGCCUUAACUUACGAAUAUCGAAAUUUGGAGAUGAUCUACUGGUUAGUGAACUGCAGCCCUCCCUUGACAGGGCUAGGAGUGCUAGUACCAACUGCUUGAGACCAGAUACUAGUUUGCAUUCACCAGAACGAGAAAGGGGUAGAUGGUCCCCCUCCCUAGAGAGGAGACGACCUACUAGUCCCAGGAUUCAUAUCCAGCAUGCAUCUCCGGAGGAUGACAGAACAAGGACGCUGGAGUCUUGCAUUCCAAAACAGGACAGUGUAGACCACCUAAGUGCUAAACCUGGAGCAGCACAGAGGCAGUCCAGAAAAGUGGAAAGAUAUAGCAGCCAAAAACAAGCUAGGAAAGGCCCUGCAGCUGAAGCAGAAAGAACACAUCAGCAAGGAAGUCCCACGCAGUCUCUUCCUGCAGACACCUCGUUCAGCAGUCGUAGGGGAAGACAGCUACCACGAGUUCCAGUAAGAAGUGGCAGUAUAGAGCAAGAGCAAGAGAAUUUUAACUCUUCCACAAAAGCAAGCUUAGUAGUGGAGGAGCGAACGAGACAGAUGAAAAUGAAAGUGCACCGUUAUAAUCAGACAUCAGGGUCUGGUUCUAGCCAAGAACAUGAGCGUGAGCAAUAUACCAAGUAUAAUAUACAAACAGAUCAGUACAGAAGUUGUGAUAACGUCUCUGCCAAAUCAUCAGAUAGUGAUGUCAGUGACGUGUCAGCCAUUUCCCGAACCAGCAGUGCCUCUCGCCUCAGCAGCACAAGUUUUAUGUCAGAGCAAUCUGAGCGCCCUCGGGGCAGGAUCAGUACAUUUACUCCUAAAAUGCAAGGCAGACGGAUGGGGACUUCAGGGAGGAUCACAAAGAGCACAAGUGUGAGCGGAGAGAUGUACAAGCUGGAGCACAUUGACGGGAGCCAGUCGGACACGGCCGUCGGCAUGGUUGGAACAGGUGGGAAGAAAAGGCGUUCCAGCUUUAGUGCCAAGGUGGUUGCCAUAGUGUCUCGAAGGAGCAGAAGCACAUCUCAACUUAGCCAAACAGAGGCUGGCAGCAAGAAGCUAAAGAGCACGAUACAGAGAAGCACAGAAACAGGAAUGGCAGCAGAGAUGAGAAGUCGUAUGGUUCGACAGCCAAGUCGAGAAUCCACUGACGGCAGCAUAAAUAGUUAUAGCUCUGAGGGCAAUUUAAUAUUUCCUGGAGUACGGUUGGGUGCUGACAGUCAGUUCAGUGAUUUCCUCGAUGGACUGGGACCUGCACAGUUAGUAGGCCGACAAACACUAGCAACCCCUGCCAUGGGUGACAUCCAGAUUGGAAUGGUGGAUAAAAAAGGCCAGUUAGAAGUAGAAGUCAUUAGAGCCCGUGGCCUCACACAAAAACCUGGCUCCAAAUCUACCCCAGCUCCAUAUGUUAAAGUGUAUUUACUGGAAAAUGGAGCAUGUAUAGCUAAGAAGAAGACAAGAAUUGCAAGGAAGACGCUUGAUCCUCUGUACCAACAGACACUGGUUUUUGAGGAAAGUCCACAGGGUAAAGUCCUUCAGGUAAUAGUCUGGGGAGACUAUGGCCGAAUGGACCACAAAUGCUUCAUGGGAGUUGCCCAGAUCCUUCUGGAGGAAUUGGAUCUGUCCAGCGUGGUAAUAGGCUGGUAUAAAUUAUUUCCACCUUCAUCGCUUGUGGAUCCAACAUUGACUCCCCUGACACGUAGGGCUUCCCAGUCAUCUCUGGAAAGUUCAACUGGGCCUCCCUGCAUUAGAUCAUAG